UGUGUGUGUGUGUGUCUGAGAAGGGGGAAGAUGCUGUUGCCAGGGAACAGCGGUGAAGCAGAAACGUCCAUCUUUUCCAGCUCGUCCGAGGAUAAAAACACAUUAAAUCAUGGAUGCAAAAUGGACUGAACGUGAGGAGAAGGAAAACAGCUGAUUCUGACUCUGAACAGCCUUAGAGGAAUCAAAGAGAAGGAGGACACAAUUUCUGCCUCAGCCUCCAUUAGCAGCAUCAGGAAACAGCAAGAGGUGUCCAGCGGCCCCUUUUCCUGAGCACACAGCUGUCCCCGCCUGCAGAUGUAAACAGUGAUGACCCCGACUCUGACCAGGUAGCUCUAAAGAGGAGGAGGAAGAACAGAAAAAAAGGGAGCAUCUGAAAGCAAAACAGGGAAGCUUUCAAAACGGCGAAGAGGAAAUCUUCCUAAUUACAGCAUUGAGCUGAGGCCUGUCCUCCCCCGCAGAGGAUGGGUACAGCAGAAGCCACUUUACGCAUGGACAGCAUGGAGGUUAAGGACGAGUGGCAGGACGAGGACUUCCCCAGGCCACUACCAGAAGAUGGAGAUGUGGAUUCUUCGUGUGGCCUCACUGACAACAGAAACAAUCCCCCCACCACUCUGAAUGUGGGAGAGUCAGUGACCCAGCGUAAACGUCGCACCUUGGUGGCCCCCGACAUGAACCUGUCCCUGGAUCAGAGCGAGGGGUCGGUGCUCUCUGAUGACUUUCUGGAGACGCCCGAUGACCUGGACAUCAACGUGGACGACAUUGAGACCCCGGAUGAGACCGACUCCCUGGAGUUCAUUAACAACGGCAAUGAGCUGGAGUGGGAAGACGACACUCCAGUGGCCACCGCCAAACGUCUUCCAGGUGAAAGUGAGGAGGAGAGAGACUCAUCAGGUCGCCUGUGGCGAACGGUGAUCAUCGGUGACCAGGAGCAACGAAUUGACAUGCAAGUCAUCAGGCCGUACCUGAGGGUGGUCACACAUGGAGGGUAUUAUGGCGAGGGUUUGAAUGCCAUCAUCGUGUUUGCAGCCUGCUAUCUUCCUGACAGCGGCUGUGAGGACUACACAUACAUCAUGGAGAACCUGUUCCUGUACGUUGUGAGCAGCCUGGAGCUUCUGGUGGCAGAAGAUUACAUGAUUGUUUACCUGAAUGGAGCAACUCCUCGCAGGAAGAUGCCUGGCAUCAGCUGGCUCAAGAGAUGCUACCAGAUGAUUGACAGGAAACUGAGGAAGAAUCUGAAGUGUCUCAUCAUCGCUCACCCAACGUGGUUCAUCCGGACGGUCCUGGCCAUCUCAAGACCUUUCAUCAGCGUAAAGUUCAUGGAUAAAAUACGUUACGUUCACACCCUGGAGGAACUCGGCCAGAUCAUCCCCAUGGAGCAUGUGCAGAUCCCUGAGUGUGUGCUGCAGUAUGACGACGAGAAGAUAAGAGCACAAAGGGAAAGACUUGAGCAAGACCAGCAGCAGGCCAACUCAACACUGCCUAAAGAAAGGCCAAAGUCAAUGAUAGCAGAGGUUGGCCGUGACAUCUGACAUUAAGAGUUUUAAAUGGAAAAACCAAUGGUGAACAUUCACUCAUCACAACGGGAGCCAUCACCAUACACGUGUUGAACAGGAUUAAAUCCCCUGACUGGAUCCAUUAGCUGAGAGACAAUCAUUUCUCAAAAACAUUAUUUUCAGUGACAUGCCUGCUUCCAACUAAAAGUUCAUGUACACCAAAGCAUUACAAGAUACAGCUAAAUCAAAAAGUUUCUGCUCCAUGCAUGUUAAGUUGAGCUUUCUCCACAGCAUGACUUCAGCUUUAUUAGUAAAAAAAAAAUUAUGGACUUGGAUGAACUUCCAAACAUCCUCCGGCAGAGCUGGGAGUGUUCUGUAAAUACUUGUACAUAUAUUUUUGAGAAAGGUGUUUGCACAGAUGUUUGGUUUUUGAUAUGAAUGGCAUGGGUAUUGUUUAGUUUCCUGGCCGUUUACUGAAAAUUAAUCUGCAGUGACGUUGAUCCUACAUUAGAUGUUACAGAUGCAAACAUGUUACAGUCUCCAAGGUUUCCAGAGUUUGAUAUGCAGGUGGCAUGUUUGUUCAUAUCCCUCCUGUCUCUAUUACAUGUUUUUGUCCAUUCUUAAGUAAUUUGCCAUCAUGUUUUAAAAGGUACUUUUACAAGGCAGAAAGCAAACAUUGUUACAGAUGAAAUGAAAUAUAUUUAAAGAGAGAUUAAAAUUAAUUAAGUGUUAUUUAUGAAAAUGUGCCAUUUACUGUUUGUUUAAAAUAAAUAAAUAAAUAAAUAAAUAAACAAGUGAACUAAAACAAGGUUUGUCAUGCCAUGAUGAGUUGCU